ACUGGAGACUGGGAAACCCUUGACAGGCUUCGCAAAGAUCACCCUGGAAAGAUCUGCCCUAAACCAUCAUCCCUUGAGGCCCAAACUCUUUCUGGACUCAGUGUGGCUGCAGCAGGGGAUCUGAUUUAUACAAAUUAUCCAAUUUCAGGAUUCGUCUGCAAAAACGAGGACCAACCCAAAAAGAUGUGCAAUGACUAUCGUGUUAGCUUCGUCUGCCAUCCCCCUACAGAGUGUGUUGGACCAAGUCAUCAUCGAGACGAUCCCAGUGGACCAGGAGCAUGUGACACAACUGAGGCGAGCACAGAGCAGAACUUCUAUGCCUACAAUCCAACUCAGGGAUUUAUUUGCCGCAACAAGGACCAGAAGUCUGGCAAUUGCCGUGACUACAAAGUUGGGUUUGGAUGCCCGUGCAAAUACUGAGGCCUGACUAUA